CAAGAUAAAUCGCAAGUUUUUCCAUCAGUUGUUUGUUUCACAAACAGCGACCGGAUAGUGAGCCGUCAAACAAUAUACUACGCCGCGACAAUUAACACUUAACAGUUUAUGUAUAAUAUUUGAAAAAUUGAAACCUUUUAAUAUCUUUUGAAAGAUACACGUUGCAUCACUAUGUUGUCUCGCAUGUGUGUUGCUCGUUCGUCGGUCACUGUAACCCAAGUUCUAAAAUCACCGGUUCCACAAAAAUUGGUGCCCAAGAAUUAUGUUAUCACUAUUAGAAACUACGCACGUGAGCCGCGCUCCCGCGUUGCGACCCGGACUCAACCUACCCUGUGGGAAAGGUUAAUGGCUCCUGCAGGUCCUAACGCUUUCAGCAUUGGAAAAGGGGCACUGGCUGGUGCAUCGGCUGUUGGUCUGGGUGCUCUAUGUUACUAUGGUUCAGGCGUCAAACCAGGCACCUUGCAGGAGGCACAUCUCUGGCCACAGUAUGUCAAGGAUCGCAUCAAGGCAACCUAUGGGUACAUAGCGGGCUCACUCGUCAUCACAGCCGGCAGUGCUGUCACAGUAUUCAGGACACCUGCUCUCCUAAAUCUUGUUGCGAGAAAUGGAUGGGUGUCUAUCAUCAUGACCAUGGGCCUAAUGAUUGGGUCGGGCAUGGUUGUACGCGGCAUGGAGUACAAGCCCGGUUUUGGCGCUAAGCAGCUGGCCUGGAUUGUGCACACUGGCAUCAUGGGAGCGGUUAUCGCACCUAUCUGCUUCCUGGGUGGCCCUGUUCUUCUGAGGGCUGCUUGGUACACAGCGGGCGUUGUCGGCGGUCUGAGCACACUGGCGGUGUGCGCGCCAUCUGGCGAGUUUCUGAACAUGCGCGCUCCUCUCGCCAUGGGUCUCGGCGCUGUGUUCGCCGCUUCGCUCGCCGGCAUGUUCCUGCCGCCUACCUCUGCGCUCGGCGCCGGUCUCUAUUCGCUGAGCUUGUACGGCGGUCUGAUCGUGUUCAGCGGCUUCCUGCUGUACGACACGCAGGCCAUCAUCAGGCGCGCCGAGAUGCACCCCACGUACGGCUACCAGCAAUAUGACCCCAUCAACUCGGCGGUGUCUGUGUACUUAGACGUCCUGAACAUCUUUAUGCGCAUAGCUAUGAUCGUGGCCGGCGGCGGCGGCAACAGGAAAAAGUAGACAACAUACUAUAACUUAAUAAAAUUAUAAAUUCGUUGUAAUCCAGGCUUACCAUAAAAUAAUUUUCGAAGUAUUGUUAAAUUACGUCGUUAAAUUCUUCGUAUGAAAUCGACUCCCUAAGUAUGGAGGCUUCGAACGAUGUGAUAUUUAUCUAGUUAAGUUUGGAAGUUGUAGGUAUUUUUAAGGAUAGAGUGCAGCCGUAGAGAUAUACCAACAUUCUAACCUUUUAAUUUCCAUUACUAUAUCACUUGUGACGUUUUGACAACCCCAACCUUGUAGGUUGUCAAUGAUUAUCUAAAUGAAGCUUUUGCCUUUAGCACCUUAUGGCGAUUGGGCAGUAAACGGUAUAUUUAUAGUGGAAGAAAAUAAUGACAAAAUGUUGGGUUGUCUCUCCGUAUGCAUGCAAGGGGGUCAACGUUUUGGCAACAGAUAUUGCUUUAAUGAAUAAAUUACCCAGUAACUUAUUAA